AUGUAUGAUGAAUGUAAUACCCUAAGUGCCACUGUCUGUGCUGAGCUUUUCAAACCUCGGAGCAUAUUGAAACUUUGUGGUUUCAUUUUCCCUGAUUUUGAUUUUUCUCAUGUGGAACCUGUGUUGCUGCAUUCAAGAACUGUAAUUAAGAAGGAAGAGAAGAUUGAGAAGAAGGAGGAAAAACAGGCUGAAGACAUUAAGAAGGAAGAAAAAGACCAGGAUGAGCUGAAACCCGGACCUACAAAUCGGUCUAGAGUCACCAAAUCAGGAAGCAGAGGAAUGGAGCGGACGGUCGUGAUGGAUAAAUCGAAAGGAGAGCCCGUCAUUAGCGUGAAAACCACGAGCAGGUCCAAAGAGAGAAGCUCCAAGAGUCAGGAUCGCAAGUCAGAAAGCAAAGAAAAGAGAGACAUCUUGUCGUUUGAUAAAAUCAAAGAACAAAGGGAGAGAGAGUGCCAGAGGCAGCGGGAACGGGAGAUCCGAGAAACGGAGAGGCGGCGGGAGCGCGAGCAGCGGGAGCGGGAGCAACGCCUCGAGGCCUUCCAUGAGCGGAAGGAGAAGGCCCGGCUACAGCGGGAACGCCUGCAGCUCGAGUGCCAGCGCCAGCGGCUGGAGCGGGAGCGGCUGGAGCGGGAGCGGCUGGAGCGGGAGCGGCUGGAGCGGGAGCGGCUGGAGCGGGAGCGGCUGGAGCGGGAGCGCAUGCGCGUGGAGCGCGAGCGCAGGAAGGAGCAGGAGCGCAGGAAGGAGCAGGAGCGCAUGCGCGUGGAGCGCGAGCGCAGGAAGGAGCAGGAGCGCAUGCGCGUGGAGCGCGAGCGCAGGAAGGAGCAGGAGCUCAUCCACCGCGAGCGCGAGGAGCUGCGGCGCCAGCAGGAGCAGCCGCGUUACGAGCAGGAGCGGCGGCCCGGGCGGAGGCCCUACGACCUGGACCGACGAGAUGAUGCCUAUUGGCCAGAAGGAAAGCGUGUGGCGAUGGAGGACCGAUAUCGUGCAGACUUUCCCCGGCCAGACCACUGCUUUCACGACUUUGAUCAUCGAGACCGGGGCCAGUACCAGGACCACGCCAUCGACAGGCGGGAGGGUUCGAGGCCAAUGAUGGGAGACCACCGGGAUGGGCAGCACUAUGGAGAUGACCGCCAUGGCCACGGAGGACCCCCAGAGCGCCACGGCCGGGACUCCCAUGAUGGCUGGGGGGGCUAUGGCUCCGACAAGAGGCUGAGUGAAGGCCGGGGGCUACCCCCUCCCCCCAGGGGUGGCCGUGACUGGGGAGAGCACAACCAGCGGCUGGAGGAGCACCAGGCACGUGCCUGGGAGGGUGCCAUGGAUGCAGGCGCAGCUAGCCAGGAGCACACCAGGUGGCAAGGUGGUGAGAGGGGCCUGUCUGGGCCCUCGGGGCCGGGGCACAUGGCAAGCCACGGUGGAGUGGCGGGGCGAGGCGGCUUUGCACAAGGUGGACAUUCCCAGGGCCACGUGGUGCCAGGUGGCGGACUGGAAGGUGGCGGAGUGGCCAGCCAGGACCGGGGCAGCAGAGUCCCUCACCCACACCCUCAUCCCCCCCCGUACCCCCACUUCACCCGCCGCUACCAAGUCCCACUCACUGCGAGUUUUCAGGUGGGCAGACGCACUGUUGAAUCUGGUAGCCAGGGUUCCCUCGAACUUGGGGGAUCUUUUUAAAAGCAAAGUAAAUCCUGCCACCGUGUUGUAGCUCAAUACAAUGUGAACUCACUUUUUUUUUUUUAAUAAAUGUGUUCUUGUUCUGCCAUUUUUAAAUCAAGAUUUCUGUUAACGAGGCAUUCCAUUUUCCAUUAAUAAAGUUUACCA